GUCGGAACAACUACCCCUUCAGUCACAGCAACUCCAGGUCCAACAACAGGCACCGCAGUCACGCAGCCACCGAUUGUCACCACUGGACCUGUGUCCAAUGCUACCACUCCUGUUGUCGUGUCCACAACAAAGGUACCGGUUGUCACAACAGCAGGACCAACCACAGCUGUUGUCACCUCAACGCCAUCUGUUGUCACCGGAACUACUAAAGUACCAGUGGUUACCCCACCAGUCGGACCAACCACCCCUUCAGUCACAGCAACUCCAGGUCCAACAACAGGCACCGCAGUGACACAGCCACCGAUUGUGACCACUGGACCUGUGUCCAAUGCUACCACUCCUGUUGUCGUGUCCACAACAAAGGUACCGGUUGUCACUACGGCAGGACCAACCACAGCUGUUGUCACCUCAACACCAUCUGUAGUCAACAAAACUACCAAAGUGCCUGUGGUUACCCCACCAGUCGGAACAGCCACCCCUUCAGUCACAGCAACUCCAGGUCCAACAACAGGGGUUCCUGUCAUGACAACAGCAGGACCAACCACAGCUUUUGUCACCUCAACACCAUCUGUAGUCACCGGAACUACUAAAGUUCCAGAGAUAACCCCAAUUACCACUCCAACAUUAUGUAUCUGCAAUGUGAAUGGAACCAUCUACCGGCCUGGGGACACUGUGUACAACGUCACAGAUGGCUUGGGGUGGUGUUAUAUCGCAUUCUGCAAUGCCUCCUGUAAAACUGACAAACGAUUCAAUCCAUGUGUCACACCUAGCACAACCAUUCCCGCCACCACAACUGUAUUUAUAGGUACCACCCCACCGCCCACUCCUCCCCCAACCAUCCCACCCCAGUUUACCACCCCACCCUUUACUACUGCCCUUGACUGUGUACAUUUGGAUCCCCCUCGGAAGAAUGGAGAGACCUGGAGAACUGAAAAUUGCACAACAGCUACAUGUAUAGAAGGCAAUGUCGAAGAGAUGGCCACUAUUUGUGCCACACCUCGGCCAGUUGUGUGUGCCAAUGGACGUGAGCCUGUCACGGUCAGCGAAGAUGGUUGCUGCUAUGAAAAACAAUGCGAAUGCAUCUGCAGCACUUGGUCAAAAAAACACUACCGGACAUUCGAUGGAUUUAAAUAUGUUUUCAAAGGGCAAUGUUCAUACUACCUGGUGAAAGAGAUUGUAAAUAAGCAUGCAUUUAACAUCACUGUGAGCAACGCAGACUGUCGAACUGAAGACAAAAAGUUCUGUCCUCAGUCACUAAUCAUCACAUAUGGAGAUUAUAAAAUAUAUUUAACUCAUAAGAUUAAUUCAUUUUCAGUAAUAACUAAUGAGGUAUAUAUCAAUCAGAAACGAAUCUAUCCUGCCUUCAGUAAUUCAGUUGUGCGGAUCACAAACUCCAAUCGGGUUGUUAAAGUGAUGAUCCCUGAUAUAAAGACAGAAAUUGUCUUCUCCCCCACUCUCGUCCUGAUCUCACUUAGUUCUCAGAUAUUUAGUGGGAAAACGGAGGGACUGUGUGGAACAUGUGACAACUCACAGUCCAAUGACUGCCGUUCUCCCAACGGUCAGGUUGGCGAUUGUCCUACCACUUCAGGAGAGUGGACUGUACCUAGAGAACCAUGUGGCCCUCCUUCCACACCAGUUUAUCCUGCCACAACCCCAGCAUUCACAACCCCACCAACUGUUACUUCCCCAAGAUACCCUACACCAACUUCAAGACCCCCAACACCAACUUUAAGACCCCCAACACCAACUUCAGGACCCCCAUCACCAACUUUAAGACCCCCAACACCAACUUUAAGACCCCCAACACCAACUUUAAGACCCCCAACACCAACUUCAGGACCCCCAUCACCAACUUUAAGACCCCCAACACCAACUUUAAGACCC